ACAUGGUUUCUAUUUUCCGGGAAACAAAAAUCCCCCAAAAAGGUAUUAUUUCCAUUUUCCCGCCAGCUGAGUUCUACCUUCCCGGGGAAGUCUGGAGUUCCAUCCCAUCUUUUACACGCGCCGGCGAUUCGCUUCUGAUCGCCGCGCUUCGACGGCCUAGGGUUUCGCCGGAAUCCCCACUUUACGAUGGCGCCGCCGCUGACCGAUGGCCACAAGGUCCUCAUCCAAGCCCUCCUCUCCCGCGGGCCCCUUCCGGAGGAGGAUUUCCACUCCAUCUUCAGCGGCGUCACUGGCAAGAAUCCUGCUAAUCAUCAGCAGGUGUUCAAUGAUUAUCUCCUGAAGAUAAACAGGGAGCUUUCGUAUGUCAACUGCGAGGUGCGGGGCUGCAGAAACCAGAACGAUGGCAACGUUCAUUACGGAUUUGUCAACAAUGUCGCUGACGAGGAAUCUAAGCUCGGAACUAAGUAUUCGGUCCCGCAGAUUGCCUUCUAUAGGGCCAUUAUAGAAGCAAUUGUGCAAGAUGCUGCUGCUCAGGGUAGCAUAUCUGGCAUUGAAGCUCUCAACGUGCGGCUGGAGAAUCAGGUUCAGACAGGAGCGGGGUCUCAAUCUCAGGACCAUCCAUCCACUAUUCCUGCCGCAUUUAGGAACUUCUCAUUGUCUCAGAAGGAAAAGACUCUCGAGGAGCUUACCCGGGAUAGGUGGCUCUAUAUAUCUGUGGAUGAUAGGGUUGGACUUGGCAUCAGAUCCUUUCUUGAUCUGCGAAGCUGGUUCCGCAGCAAUGAUAUUCCUUCAUGCGAAGUGUGCAAUGAAGCUGCUGUCAAGGCGGAGUUGUGCCCUAAUGAAAAUUGUACAGCUCGAAUUCAUGAAUACUGCUUGAAGCAGAGAUUUUCCCAGAGGCGGGCUGAAAGAACCUGCCCGAGCUGUGGCAAUCAGUGGGGAUUGUCAAUCCCCAAAGCAGAAGAAGUAGACGAAGAAGAUGAGCCAAAUCCCGUCCAAACCCAACCACCUCUUGCAUCCAGGAAAAAGAGGCUUCGAACUGGUGAAGCAAGUAGAGCCAGUGCUCUAAGUCAGCCUCCACCUGAUGUAUCUGGCCCAAGACGAACGACUAGGAGCUCUGCUCGACUGAGUUGAGUAGUCCAGACUUUUGUACCUUCUGACGGCCAUUUCAAGUGCCGUGCCGUGCCGUGCAAAGAGAGGAUCUGUCCGAAUCGAUUCGAUGAAUAAAAUCAAAUUUUUGUAGAGGACCACCUUCCAUACCGGAAAUGAUGGGAAAAUUUUGCCCGUUGUAAGGUCUGCUUCGGCAAUGUGGCACCACCCCUCAUUCCGUACCAGCUUGAAGAUUCUGCCUGAAAAGAAAUUACAUUAAAAAAAGAUAAUUGCUUUCAUCAGAUCAUAAUCACAUGCAUUACCUUAAUAAUGAAUAGUA